AUGUUCUCUGCGUCUGAUUGGAAGCAUUGGGCGGUGGUAUCAGCCUAUCAGACCAGUGAACGGUGGAAAGCAAAGAACACCACCACGUGUGGUAAAUCUGGAGCAGAAUGCACGUGUCGACUUCUACUACUUAUUUGCGUUUCUAUUUUGCAUCCGCGUCUAUCUUCGUCUGCUCUUGGCGGUCUCUAUUUCUUCUUUAGGUGUUCGAUGUAA